GGGACUGGAAGGGAGGCCUAAGGCAGUUGCAAAAUCGCUACACCGGACGGUGUCUGGCGAAUUGUGGCGGGACCGUGUGCAUGAGGACAUGUACAUCCUCCUACUCUGCACGUCAAGCAUGGGUCUGCAGCGGCCGCUGUAUCGUCAGUAAGGCAGCUGCUGACGAAGGCCUGGCGGACCGGUAUCUGACGCUGGCUGGGGACGGCACCCUCAGACUGUCCGCCAUGUGCUCCAACCCGGGGGACGUCCAGGCGCGCUGGCGGGUCUUCGGCUCCCCAAACAGACCAGCAUGUCAGGCCGACAAGUCCUCUAAAAAUGACGCCGAGUCCACCUGUGGAAAUGUGGUGUGCGGCGUGGACUGGUACGAGGUGAGGUGGCCGAUGUACACGCCUGGUGUCGGGGACGAUCCACCAACCAGCUUUACACUGGUGCUCUAUCCAGCUAACUACGAGCUCACGGACCAAUGGAGAGUCGCCGAAGUCCCACCAACGAACAAUUCUUACUACAUGAACCAUCUCGAACUGGGAGAGAAGUAUCACGUUAUCAUCACUGCCAACCGACCUGGCAAAGUGGGAGCGGCCAUCUUGAAAGACAUUGAGCUCAAGCCGGAUCCGCCGGGAGACCCUCACGUCAUCAAGACCACAUCGUCAGGCAUCUGUAUCUUGUGGACCGACUCCACGGCAAUUUCGGAAGGUUAUAGAGUGGAUUAUUACCCAGUGGGUGGAAGUCCAGACACCAUCCGGACGGUGGACGUGCCGCCGACAACAACCGUGGUGGAGCUGACCGGUCUGCUGCCAGGACACCAGUACAACGCCACGCUGGUCACCACCGGACUCUACUCGGUCAACAGCGUGCCCGAAACGGUAUCUGGAGAAACGCAUACCUUAAAAGUGAAGAUUUCCGGGGGAAACGGGAGAGCGUUGGGAAACAGGCGGCCAUAUCUGAUGGAUGCAGAGUCGGAGACGUACGACGCUAAGGACCCUAACGUCACCAGUAACUACGUCUUCAAGUGGUACUGCAGGAAGCUGGUUUUAACAACAACAGCCUCUACUCCAACGACUACGAUAACCGCGACGCCUACCCCACAAAAUACCACAACGUCAGCGGCUAUGUCUACCUCCAACGCAACUACAUCUUCCGACUUCAAUACAACAAGUUCGCUGUACUUCAAUACAACAGCUAUGACGAAUACUACCGUACACAACAUCACCAAUGCCACUACUCCUACAACAUCAACGACAACACCGAUGACGUCUACGUCUACGCAGCACGUCGAGAGCGACAUACCUGUCCGUUACCAAGACGGUAUCGCCGUGGUACACAGCCACUGCGAAACGGGCGACUACGAACUGCUCUGGGAAGGAGAUGCGAAGAUCUACUUGGACACUUCUGACCUGGAAACGAGCACCACGUACGUCAUCAAGGUGGAGGCCUCCAAGGAGAUGGUCCACCCUCUCGGGUACACGUACAUCGGAGAGGAGUCCUUUGAACAGAAUGUUUUAAUCGUUGAGGGAGAUCCUCCCAUGAUGGCAAUCAAUUGCAUCCGGAACUGCAUGGCGGCUGUUGACGUGACGGAGUCUCUGGCCCUCCGCGGGAACUGUACCUCCUGUGAGCAGAACUCCGAACUGACGUACAACUGGGAACUGUUCAGGGAGGUCAACGACACGAUCGUGGAGGUGCACGACUGGAACUCUCUCACCAGCACAGGACGAAACACAGCAAGUCUAGCGAUCAAAGCCGACCAAUGGGAUGUCAGAUCAGUGUACCGCUUGCGGCUGAAUGGCUUUCCUCCGGAUGGCCUUCCUCCCGGCUUCAUCGAAAUCAGAUAUCCCACCUCCCCACCCCUCUACACACUGGACUGUGUCAUCAUCCCCGAUAAAGGAAUGCUGUACGAAACAAACUUUUCGGCUAGUUGUGAGCUGACCGGGUGGACAGGCGAGCUGGAGCCACGUCUGACCUAUGACUUCACGUCCCAAGUCCACGCCCAGGUGACCCACCUCGCCAGCGUGACCCGGAUGUCCAGCUUCACCGUGCCGCUGGACCUCGUGGCCGGGGACCCUGCAGGCGCGUGCGCCGUGCUCGUCAACGUGCAGGGAUUUCUGGGAGGUGUCCUGAGGGCAAAUACCACCAUCAGUCCUCAGGUUAUUCCACCUGUUCAGACCCACGCUGGAAACUGCAGACACGUGUUUGAGCGCAUGUGUGAAAUCCAGGAGCUGCUGCUCGCGGAGGGAUACAAGGAUGCCCUGCUGGCUGUGGAACGACUCGUCACGUACUUCAACUUCCUUCAGAACCAUAUCGGCACUGAUUCCCGUGCAGCUUUGAACAGCUAUGGUCUGACUGCAGUCGUGAACCAGAUUCUUUCAUACACAGACAUCACUGAUAUCAACAGCACCUGCAUAGGAGGUGACAAACCAGAUACACAUUGGGGAGAAGCAAUCAACUUUCCUGGCAACUGGCUGAACAUCACAACAGUUGACGGCAUCAUAGCUGCCCUUUCUGUACCCGUCACUGCUACAGACAGUAACGGAAAAAUGGAUGAGUUUUACGAGUACGCGAGAUCCACCACUGCCAAGAUGGUGAUGGUGGCCCAAAACAGCAUGAGGGGACCUGCACUGUUGGAAAGGGCUGCGGAUGCUAUCAAGGCCCUCAUUGAUGGCAAAGUGUCACUGGUUGCGCAGAAGCAAGCGGUGGCGUCGGCAGAAGCCAUGGCAGGCGAACUUCUGAGCCUUGGCAGUAAUGACUAUAAGCAAAACCUGGCGGCCGUAGGAGGUCUUCAGCAGGGUUUAAACUCGCUGAUGGGUUCAGCUCGGUCCACUCCCAGUGAGGAUCAGACGGAAGAGCAGGCCGAGCAUGCUAAAAGGGCCACGAAUGCCGUAACCUCAGCGACCACGACCCUGGGGACAGUGGUCCUGAAUCACCGCCUUCCCGGAGAGCCUUCGGUCGGAUUCCAGUACGACAACUUUGGCGUGGCCUUCCAGAAACGGUACUCAGAAAGUGUGGGCUCGGAAGGCUUUACAGCCUCGGAAGGCUCCGUCUCUCUCCCGAACAGCGAGGCGUCCAUGAAGUCUUCAGAUGAAGCGCUUAAUACAAAGUUUAUGAAUUUCAACGAAAACCCCUUCGACUGGGACAACACCUCCAAGAUUGUAACCAAGGUGGUAUCCUUGGACCUAACCUCUGAAACCGGGGGAGCAUUUCCGGUGAAGGACACAGCGAACGACAUCUCCAUUUUUAUUGGGAACGACGCAGAUCCUCCCAAGCCACUUCUGGUCAGCAGGAACAUCUCGAACCCAGGGAAGUCUGAGAUGUUGUACCACGAGAUUACCGUCCCGUAUAACUCAUGCGCCAUAUUUACCGCGUUUGUACCUCACAACAGAACAGUGCCUUUUCAAGCUUACGUCAAGUAUGGGAAGGUACCGACAGAGGACGACUAUAACUUCACCGCUACGAUCCCUCCGGGGUUAAACUUGUCACGGUGCCACCUGGGCCUGGAGUACACACGGCGAGACUGGAAAAACUACGUCGUCUCUUUCCAAGACAUCGCUGAGAAUGGCACAUACUACUUGGGUCUUAAAGAAAUAAACCAGACGGAUGUGUGUGGUCCUGGGUAUGUGUAUGGAGCAGACCUGCAGGAGAACACCACAGCCAUUACCUACGACUUCCUGACCAUCACCCCCACCUGCCGGUACUGGGACACUCAGCACGAGAAGUGGGAUGCUCACGGCUGUAGGGUGGGUCCCUUGAGUACGAUGACGCGGACGCACUGCCUGUGUAACCACCUGACGGCGUUUGCCGGGGAGAUACUGGUGGCUCCAAACACCAUCGACUUCUCCACGGUGUUCGCCAAGUUUGCUAACCUGGGAGAUAACGCCGCGGUGUUCGCCACCGUCCUCGCCAUGUACGCCAUCUACGGCAUCGUGGUGUUCUGGGCCAGACGAGCUGACAAGAAAGAUGUCGUUAAGUGGAGCUGUGCGCCUCUGCUGGACAACAGGCCCGGGCACAGUUAUUGGUACAAGAUCACGGUGUACACAGGGGUGUGGAACGGCGCCGGGACUAAGUCACGAGUCGGCAUUAACGUUGUUGGGGAAAAUGGAAAGACGGGACCGAGAGUUCUUGAAGAUGGAAAGCGACAGGGGUUUACGCGUGGAAGCAUCUGUCACAUGGCCAUGGCAACAGAAGAGUGCCUGGGCCCGAUGGUGAACAUCCGUCUGUGGCACGAUAACUCCGGGAAGGGGGAACAUGGCAGCUGGUUCUGUGACAGGAUCGUCAUCCAGGACCUGGAAACGAACGAACGGUGGUUCUUCAUCUGCCAGCGGUGGCUGGGGGUGGAGCAUGAGGACGGCCGUGUGGACCGCAUCCUGCCGGUGGCCAGUAAGGACGAGGUGGUCAGCUUUUCCAACCUGUUCCAGGACAAAACUCGGCAGGACAUCACGGACGGACACAUCUGGUUCUCGGUGGUGUCACGGCCCACCCGGAGUCACUUCACCCGUGUGCAGCGUGCGUCCUGCUGCCUGUCUCUCAUCUUCUGCACCAUGAUCGCUUCUGCCAUGUUUUACCAGAAGUCUGAAGGAGGUAAUACCAUAAAGGUAGGACCGUUUGUCUUCUCCCUGGCAUCAAUUAUGGUCAGCAUCCAGAGCACAUUUGUCGUGUUUCCUGUGAACCUGGCUGUUGUGCUGUUCUUUAAGAAGAGUCGCCCCCUGCCGGAGGGAGAGAAGGAGUGCGCCUGCUGUAUGAAAUGUUGCUGCUGCAAAAAGAAGAACAAGGUGGAAGAAAAGUACACCACAGAGGAAGAAGAGGUCGGCCUGGAGACGGUGUCUUCUAACGUUCCCAAAGACGACUGUGAAUCACGAGUUGAGGAGAGUGAGCUCACAACAGUUUCUACAGCGGUGAAAGACGAACAGGACCCGGAGAGUGGCAAUGAACUGAAUGAAAACGACAACAGUAAGGAGGAAGAUCUAGAGGAGCAAGACGAAGAGAAUGAAGAGGAGACGAAAGAGGAGAAGGAAGAGGAGAAGAAAGAAGAGAAGAAAAAGAAAAAGGACGAGUUCAUUUUUCCGCAUUGGUGUGUGUAUUUCGGCUGGGUCCUGACGGUGGGGUCAGCUCUGGGCUGCGGGUUCUUCAUCAUCCUGUACUCCAUGGAGUGGGGUCCGGAGAAAUCCAACGAGUGGCUGGGCACCAUUCUCAUGUCCAUGUUCCAGUCCAUCCUCGUUGUACAGCCUAUAAAGGUGAUCCUGCUGGCAGCUUUCAUCUCCUACAUCUUCCGUAACAAGGCUGACGUGGACCAGGUCGGGGACACCGACACUAAAGUGAAGCCUGAUGAGGAACUGUUGUGCGCACCGCCUGGCAUGGUUGAGCCGCCCACCAUCCAGGAGCCGACUAAUGACUCGGACAAUAAGAAGUUCCUGGAGGAGGCACGAGAACUCCGGAGGAAGGAGAUCAAGGCAAAAGAAGUAAUGAAGGAGGUGUUCAUACACUACCUGUUCGUCUCCAGCGUGUUCUUCCUCAGCUACGGCGACAGAGAUCCAACAGGGUUUUACGUUCAGAAUAACCUGCAUGACAUGUUCAGCGGAUUCGAAAAGGUCAAAAACCACAAAGCCAUGUUCAAGUGGCUUGAGGGAGACUUUGUGAACCACGUUGUUGGCGGGAAACUUGGCGACAGAGGUUAUCUGUCCGACGAUUACAGCUUCCGCCUCGGUUCUGCUCGCAUGCACCAAGUCAGAAACGAGCCAGCCACUUGUAUGACGGCCCGGGUUCCGUACGGGCCCUGUAAGAAGGACUAUUCUCUGUUGGACCAACAGGAGACAUCUUACGAGCCUGGGUGGCAACCGAUGAAUGCAACCAAGGCAAAGAAUCUCAUCGAUGCUAAGCAGUACACCCCGUGGAUGUUUCAGGAAACGGACGACCUAUUCCCCUACUCUGGGGAAACCACAACCUACAGCAGCGACGGGUAUUUCCUGGAGAUCGGCACCAGCAAAAACGAGACUGUAGCUUCGUUGAAGGACCUGAAGCAGCAUCUCUGGCUGGAUAACUUCACCAAAGCCGUGAUUAUCGACAUCGCCGUGUACAAUGUCAAUGUCAACCUGUUCUCUGUCAUCACCUUCCUGGCCGAGUACCUUGUCGGCGGGGUCGUCUCGGCCAAGGUCACCAUCAAGGAGAAGAAGGCUCACUUCCGGUCCAUGUGGAACUGGGUGGAGUUCCUGCAGUCCGUGCUGUGUGUGAGCGUCAUCGCCAUGUUCGCCAUGCGCGAGGUGUUGAGGAUGACUACCAUGAACAAGUUCCAGAAAAACCCAGGCCGAUAUAUCAGCUUCCGGGGCAUGGCUUUGUACAGCGAUGUGUUCAUCGGUCUGAUCGGAGCCCUCGUGUUCGUGGCAACACUCAAACUCCUCCACCUCCUGCGCUUCAACAAGCGCGUGGCCAUGCUGUCUGCUGUCAUCAACUAUGCCGCAAAGGACCUGGGACUUUUCUCCAUCAUCCUGAUGACAGUACUGAGUAACUUCACCCUGGUGGGGAUGAUACUGUUCGGCACGCACAUCAAGGAGUUCUCCGGCUUCAUCGCCAGUCUGGAGCGACUGAUUGCCAUGCUGCUGGGGGAUCUGGACUUUGCCUCCAUGUCGGCAGCCAGCCGAGUGCUCGGCCCGCUGUUCUUCUUCGGGUUCAUCCUCCUGCUGGUGUUUCUGCUGCUGAACAUGUUCGUGUCCAUCAUCGACUCCGGCUUCGGGGAGGUCAACGGCGACGAGAGCAAGAUGGACGCCGAUCACGAGAUCGUGGACUUCAUGUGGUUCAAACUAAAACAAGCUCUGGGUAUUGGGAUGAGCCGUGUUGACCAGGACGAUGACAAUAAGGCACCUGAAGACCCACCCCUGCCUGACGGGGAGGUGGAGGAGAAGUUAACUCUGCUCCAGCAGCGAGUGGAUGAGAUGGUCGAUAAACUCUCCAACAUGGACGACAGCAGGGAAAAUGAAUCAGAGUGUUAACAUAAGAAAGACAUUUGGUUUAAGAAUAUUCAUAUGUAGUCUUUGGGAUGGCCACUGUGCACCAAUUGCAAUUUGCAUAUAGUGUUUGCUUCCCUUGCUCCUUGUACCCUAGAUUCGCUAGAUUGCUUUUGAUGUCAAAUUUUGUCAAAAGGAAAGUAUUGAUCGUCCAAUUCUACAUCAUUCUGGAUUCUUGUGAGAAAGUACCACCUCACUCCAUGCCCUUUGUUGCUGUCCAGUCAUUUCCCAAUAGUUACAGAGUCAGUCUUACAUAUGCGGCUACUAUGCAAUGUAAAACAAUAAAUUGCAUACAUACGUACAUACGUAAAAAUGAACUAAUAUCUGCAUUCAUAUAACACCUCUUAUAACCUGCUGUGGCAUGUAACUGACUUACACUGUUUUUGUAGAUAUGUAUCUCUAUAUCAGUGAAUAGUAAUGAAUAAGUAUGAAUAUGUUACCACAUAUUUCCACUGGAAAGCAUGCACACCGAGUUUUCAGCACCAUGGACAGAUCCAUGGGGUAC